GGCUGCUCCUUCCUCACACACAUACAGGCAGACUGGGGAAAGAGUUGUUGUAAUGGGAGGCACAUUGUGAUAGGAUAGUGUCAGAGCCUUGAGCUUCCCUCCACACCCUGUGUGUGUGCUGUGUACUAUCCCCUCUCCUCUCUACAUACAGGUGAUAUCCUCCCGCCUGCUGUUACUGCUGGACGAGCUCAGACCUGGAUUUAGUCAAGCCCCUGCUCCUAAAAUGGCUGUCAGAUCUCACUACCAGCAGGGAUUUGGACUGGAGGACACAGUAUGGGAACAGUACACGGUGACAUUACACAAGGAUCCAAAAAAAGGAUUUGGCAUUGCUGUUUCUGGAGGGAGAGACAAUCCACAUUUUAAUAAUGGGGACAACUCCAUUGUGAUUUCAGAUGUGCUUUUAGGAGGACCUGCAGAUGGUUGCCUACAAGAGAACGACCGUGUUCUUAUGGUAAAUGGGACCCCUCUGGAGAAUGUGCCACAUUCGUUUGCAGUACAGCAACUAAGAAAAUGUGGGAAAACAGCUGUCCUGGUAGUAAGAAGACCACGAAGGGUCCAAAUGGUGGUUCCAAGCAAAUCUGAGCCUGCUUUGGAUAUUAUGGGUGACUAUACAGAAUUUGAAAAUCGAACAGCGUACAAUGCAUAUAGUGACAGAAGCUUAGAUCCAAGCCCAGGCUAUAGAAGAGACCAGGAAAGGGGUCCUUAUGAAAGAGAUCAACGAGGAUAUGGAGCCCGUGCAAAAAGUGUUGACCAAGAUCUUAAUGUUGGUUAUGGACUCGGGCAAGAAUAUAGUCGUGGCAGAAGUAUGGAGCGAGGCCUUGAUAAUGAACAGAACUACCGAACCGACCGUGGCAGAAGCAUAGACCGUGGUCUGGAUGAGGACCAUGGGUACAGAAGGGAAAGAAGUCGAGGCAGGAGUCUUGACCGAGACUUGGAUGACCCGCGAAGCUAUGGAAGGGAUAGCAGUCGUGGAAGGACCUUGGAUAGAGAUGACCACUAUGAUAGAAAUGUACAGCAUAGCCCAGACAGAGGUUAUGGCAGAAGGGCUUCUACUGAACGCAAAUAUGAAAAAGAAUUGCAUAGAAGUCGAGAUAAACUUCAGUCUCGUAGCCCAUCUCCUUCAGACACAUCUACAAGUGUCCUUUUAACAAAGAAAAAGCCAAAUGAAGAGUAUGGGCUUCGACUUGGAAGUCAGAUUUACAUUAAGGGAUUGACGAGCACUGGUUUGGCAGCAAAAGACGGGAAUUUGCAUGAAGGGGAUAUUGUUCUCAAGAUCAAUGGCAUUUUGACUGAGAACAUGUCUUUAACUGAAGCUCAGACUUUGAUCGAGAAAUCGCGCGGGAAGCUUCAGUUGGUGGUUCUGAGAGACAAAAAGCAAACUUUGAUCAACCUGCCUUAUGUCGAAGACAGUGACUCUGAGAUGGAAGAUGAGCCUCCUCAUUCAAACAGAAGAAGAAAUCCAAGGUCCAAGGAGCAAUAAACAAAGGUCCAUGUUGUGGUUUCGAGAUCAAAUUUUCUCUUUUGCUAACCAAAGAUGUACAUGUACUUGAGCACACAAAAUAUUUGUAUUUUGUAUUACAUUAAAGACUAAUUCUUAACAAACA